AUGCCCUUCCGCGCCUCCCGCGUCCAAUCCCGCCUCCUCUCCUCCGAAGACAUAUCCGAAAUCCCCAUCUCACCCCGUCCCUCAACCACUCUCACCCUAGACACCUCCCCGUCUCUCCCCUCACCCCAAAACUUCUCCCCCUACACCGACCCCUCAAGUCCCAUAACCACAUCUCCCCUCCGCAACUACAUACCCACGAAAUGGUUCAGCGCCACCCAACACACGGAAUACCAAGCGUUAGCGGAUAUAGGGGGUGGAGAGAUCAGAGGCGGGGAUCGGGAGAGGAGGAAGAAGGUGUGGGAGAUGGUGGCAUUAGGGGCGUUGGUACUGGUUUUGGUGGGUGUGGUGACUUUUUGUGUGGGGUGGGGGAUGGUGAAAACGAUGGAUGGGAAUGGGAAGGAGAAGGGGGAGGGGAGUGGGAAGGAGUUGGAGAGGAGAUGGUGGGGGCUUGGGGUGAAGGGAUGGGGGAUGGGGUGGUGA